UUGCAAUUGGGACUCGGAUUCGACAGAGUCACUCCCAGUCGCUGUGAGUCGCUUUCGGUCUCAAUGGGAGGAGUGUGAGAUGGAAGAAAUCAACAGGACACUAGUCAGAGACCUGGCUACCUCCAGUGCAGCAGCUCUUCAGCGCGAGGAGACUCGACAGCCGAGCCAUGCGACCCAUCCGGCAACAUCCAAUCACGUAAGAAUCGAUUACCCGCUCGGUGCUUAAACUCGUCAUGCUCCCGCCCGAGCUCGUCGACGAUGUCGUCGACAACCUCGCCGACCAAGUCGGCAAGGACGACACACGAGCGCUCCUCCGCCUCGCACUCAUCGCACGCGCAUGGGUCCCGCGCUCGCGCUUCCACAGCUUCGCAUCGAUAACGCUCGUGCGCAACCGCAGCCGCGACACCGUGCGCCCGUUCCUCCACCUGCUGCACGCCCCCGCCCCCGGGCCGACGUUCGCCGCGUGCGUGCGUGCGGUGCACCUGCGCCAUCGCUCCGCGUACGGCUCGCCCGUCCUCUCCGCCGGCGACAUCCUCGUGGCGCUCGCGCGCGCGGGCAUCCGCCCGCGGCACCUGCGACUCGAGUGCGGCUUUGCGCAGCGCGGGUCGCCCGCGGCGCUUGCCGCGUGCGGGGCGUUUGCUCAGCUGACGGACCUAGAUAUACUGCUUACUGGGAAGGUCGUGAUGGACCGCGUGCUUGCAUAUUUGGCGCCGAUGGGGUGUCUCCGGCGAUUGAGCCUGGAGCCGAUGGAGCUGGUGGACAACGACGAUACGGGGGGCAGGGCGCUGCCCCCGACGCUCCGCGAGCUGUCGAUCCGGGACUCGGCGCUGUUCAGCUACUGGCUGGAUACCAAUGCCCCGGAGCCGCUGCCGCAGCUUCCGCCGUCCCUGAUAUUCAGCGGGCCUUUUUCUCACCAUUACACGAUCUUGGAGCGCCAUGUGUCCCUGAUCCAUCUGCCGCCGCGAUCGAAGCUGACGUAUUAUGGAUGGUACCCGACCGUGAACAUCCUAUCGAUCCCAUCUGCGGUCGAGCACGUGUGUUUCCAGGACAAUCUCGACUUUGCGAUCUUGUACGCAUCGAACAUCCUCACCCGCACGCGCGUCCCCGACGGGCUGCGCGUGGUCCAGUUCCGCCCCGACGUCGGCCAGGUGCUCGACUCGUGCCGGGACAUCUGGACGGCCUUUGAUCUGCAGAUGGUGGCGCUGCAGGCGUCGAGGAAACAACAACACCCUGUCACCAUCGUCGUGGGCGAUGACAGCGAGCCGAUCUCUGACGCGUUGUGGGACACCGUGCGCUCGCUGAUGCCGCUGUGUACGAAACAGGGGACUCUGACCAGAGCGGGAUCUUAGAUGCAUAGAUUGUGGCUACCACUGCGACAACUAGAUUUUUUUUUCCUUUUUUCUUUUUUUGCGGUGGAUCGGAGUUCUCGGACGGGUCAAUAGCUAGUUGAUCGGAUGUCUUAGUAACAAAUGCGGUGCCCCCAACUCAGACUCGACAUGCGGCAACGGCGUGUGCGUGCAGGGCGUCCCUCAAAAAUAUAUAAAGCCGUUGCAUGCUCCUUUCAACAGAAAAAAAAUAGACUCUGCCCUCGCACCCCUCCAUCUCACGUCACCCACUAAUCAUACUCCCUUCGCCUCGAGCGCCUACUACCAGCCCUCCCUCGCCCUCUCAAUCCACGAUACUAUGCACUUCACCGCCCUGCUCGCCGCCACUCUCUGUCUUUUCUCCGCGACACACAGCGCCAGCGCCACCUCGCCGGCCGCGGAUCCCGCGCCGAGUGGCACACCCGGGCGCAGCAGCCUGUCCUUCGCAGCGCGUUGGUUCGCGUUCCCGGCCAUCCGGCCACAACCACAGACGCCGUCGGAGCGCACACUGCACGUCCGCCAGCACGGGCCGCGCCCCCGCCGCCGCACGGUCCAUCCCUAGGCCAUACGUUACGUGCGUGUCACGUGUUCGUGCCACGAUGCGCGCACGUGCGGGAGGGGUGUGUCGACGCGUGCGCCAGGGCCGCGCACAAUCAUAAUACAGUAAUAACAUACGCGUGUCAUUUCGCGCGUGGGGAAGACCUGGCGUCUGUCCUCGGCCGAUCAUUUUGGACGCACCCGGCACGACUGUCGCCUUAGAUGGGCUGAUCCAACUGUGGAUAUAUAUGUUGUAUGUAUGUAUGUAAUGGGAAGUAACUGUAACACGCCGUAAUUUAGAUGUGCCUCCAAUCGCACUUGCGACCUCACACAACAUCCACUGAACCCGUCCGCGGGGAGAUAAUCGCAACCACCCUGCCCUCGAAGCCGUCCCCUCCUCUCCGCGCGACGAGGUCCGUGUUGGUCUCCGUGACACCGAGCAGCGUCUCGAGGUUCGACGAGCCGAGCGCGAGCACCUCGGCCUUGGAGAGCAGCCCGUCCGCCUCGAUGCCGGCCCACGCGAGAUCGAGCGGGAUCGCACGCGCGAGGGACUGCUGCGUGGUCAGCAUCCCCACGGUCACGUUGUGCGACACCAGCGCGGCGAUCGCGCUCUGAUGCGUCAGCGGGGGCCCGGGCAGGAUGCGGCGCUGCUCCCAUUCGUUGGGGAACGGCCGCGGGUUGACGAUGACACCCACCCCCGCCGCGCCGAGCUCUUUCGCGAGCAGGUGCGCUUCGGUGGCGCCGGUGAUGGUCAGCUUGAACGCCUUCCCGGUGCUGCUCUCCACCUCUUUCUUCAAGACGAGCAAAGUGGCAAUGAUAUCGGCGCUCUCGGCGUGUACGACGAGCGGGAUCUUCCCGUCUGUGACCUGACUGAACUGCUCCCCGAUAUCGCCAGAUCCCUUUCCGAGCAGCAGACGGCGCAGAGCCGCAACCUGCGUGCUGACGCUGGCAUCGGCCCACAUGGAAAAUCUGACAUGCAGACCAGUGACCCUCUGGAUGAUGGCCCCAUCGGCGAGCUUGUGGGCGGCUCCGGUGCUGAAGUACGUGCCCAGGCCAGUCAGGAACCCGCCGGUUGGGUCGGUGAUGGCGCCUGUCACACCAGCGCGAUAUGCAGUCAGAGCGCUGCGUGUCUCGAACAGGAGACCGUCCACAGCCUUGAUGACAGUAUCGAGACGAGAUCAGGGAUGGGGUCUUCCAGCGGGUCCAAGACGUUGCCAUCCACUGUCGAGUCUGGAGACGUGUGAGUCCCUCAAAGAUCGACAACCAGACACGACAUACAUUCCCCGGCGAUAUGCGCCAGCCCGAGACCGCUGCCAUACGUGAUGAAGCCGGGAGUGAUGCUGCCUCCCUCCAG